CUCCUUCAAAGCACAUUAUAUAAACACCACAAGAAGCCAUAUUCUGCAUUCCACCCUCCAUCUCUCUCUUUGUAUCACUCAACCCUGAAUACAUAGAUGGAUGCAUCAGACAUUGCUUUAUUUGAGGCAUUUCUCCAAGGGUGGAUGGAGAGACAAAGAGACUACCUUGAUGAGCUUAUAACAGCUCAACGACACUAUCAUGAGCUGCAAGAGGAUGAGAUAAAGCAGUUGAUCAACAGGGUCCUCAAUCACUACGGGCAAUACUUUGAAGAGAAAUCAAAGAUUGCCCAACAGGAUAUUAUCCUUGUUUUCUCCCCACCAUGGUUCAGUUCACUGGAAAAAGGCUUCUACUGGGUGGGGGGGUUCAAGCCUGGAAUGUCCUUUCAGUUGGUGAACAGUGCUGUGCCGGACUUGUCAGAAACGCAAAAGGGAAGGCUGACUUAUCUCAAGCAAGUAACCAAGGUGAAGGAGAGAGGUAUCAAUGAUGACUUGGCCAAGCUUCAUGAGGGUUGGGGAGCUCCACCGCUCCUGGAGAUGGUCAGGAGCCAUGGCAGGAUGUGUGUCACCAACUCCUUCCACUUCAGAGCAGCGGAUGGAACAGUUCCAAGCAGUUACAAAGAAAAGCUGGAGAAGAUGGUGGCAAGUGCAGAUGCUUUGAGGACCAACACAGCUUUGAAGGUUGUGCAGAUACUGACACCUCCUCAGAUUCUCGCUUUCUUGGUCGGUGUGGCUCAGUUUCAGAUCAGGGUCAGGACUUUUGGCAUGGACAAGGAUGCCCAGGAUGCAGGCCUUAGCCGUUUAGCAUGGAUGAUGCGCAUUGGGCAGUGUGCAUGUUCAGCAUUUGAUGGCGAGGUCGUUGUUGUUGUUGUUGUUGUGUGUCCCAAGUACUGUUUUUCUGUACCUAAUAAGUUUCUGUGGUGA